CACGAAAUCGGUCGUAUGGUGUUGACUCAAUUCAUUUUGACUCUUGAUAAAUUUCAGCUAACAAUUCCAAGGUUAUCCCACCACUUCAAAGGGGAGCUUCAUACAAAUUUGAGAAUAGUUCAACAUUGCCAAAAUGAAGGCAGAUGAGCUCGUUGCCGUGUCGACCUCUCUAGGAGGGGACUUCAAAUCCAUCGAACCCCACCUCGUUCGACUCGAGAAGCACUUGACCCUAAGAACUUACCUCGCCGGUUAUUCUCUAAGUGACAUCGAUGCCAAGAUUUGGGUCGCCAUCAAGAGCAAUCGCGUCGCUGUCUCUUUCGUCCGCAAAGGAUCCUACGCCAACCUCCACCGAUGGUUCACCUACGUCGAACAAGUCCACCCGGAGAUUCAAGCCGAAGUCAAGGCCGCUGACGAGGCGCGUAAAACCAAGGUCCAGGAAGCGAGUCGAGCCGGUGCAAGCUACAACUUAGCCUUGCAGGAGACUGGUAAAGGAGUUGUCACUCGAUUCCUGCCUGAGCCUUCGGGAUACCUUCACAUCGGACACGCCAAAGCCGCCCUUCUUAGCGAUUACUUCGCCCACCAAGCGUACAAUGGCACGCUUCGCCUAAGACUCGACGAUACCAACCCGAGCAAGGAGAAGGAGGAAUACCAGGAUGCCAUCAUCGAGGAUCUUGCUCUUAUGGGGGUUAAGCCCGAUGUCGUCACCUACACCUCGGACUACUUCGACCACCUUUACGAUACCUGCCUCGGACUUAUCAAGGAUGGUCACGCAUAUGCCGACGAUACCGACGUAGAGACCAUGCGCGAUGAGCGAGGAAAGGGUAUCGCAUCCAAAAGACGAGAGCGAACAGUCGAGGAGAAUCUGCAUAUCUUUGACGAGAUGAAGAAUGGAACAGAGGAAGGUUUGAAGAAUUGCAUCCGUGCUAAGAUCUCCGUCGACAACCCGAAUAAGGCGAUGCGCGAUCCUGUAAUCUACAGAUGCAACCUCAACGACCCCCACCAUCGGACGGGCACCAAAUGGAAGAUUUACCCUACCUACGAUCUCGCAUGCCCCGUCGUCGACAGCUUGGAGGGUGUCACCCAUGCAUUGAGGUCGACCGAGUACACCGACCGAAACCCCCAAUUCCAAUGGUUCCUCGACACGCUCAAGCUGCGCCAGGUGUAUAUGUGGGACUUUGCUCGUAUGAACUUCAUCCGAACUUUCUUGUCGAAGCGGAAGUUGGCGAAAUUGGUCGACAAUGGCAAGGUCUGGGGUUGGGACGACCCUCGGAUGCCGACGAUUCGAGGUAUCCGAAGACGUGGAAUGACAAUCCCUGCUCUUCGGGAUUUUAUUCUGAGACAGGGUCCGUCCAGAAAUGUCGUUUCGAUGGACUGGGCUAGCUUCUGGGCCACCAACAAAAAGAUUGUUGACCCUGUUGCGCCACGACACACCGCCAUUCUCAAGAAGGACCACGUCAAAGUUACCGUCACGGGAGAUGACGCGCCUGCGGAACCACGUUCCGAGGACAAGCCGCUCCACCCCAAGGAGCCUAAGAUCGGGACGAAGAAGGUGGCAUUCAGCAAAGAAUUGAUAUUGGAUCAAGCCGACGCCAAAUUGUUCAAGGAAGGCGAGGAGAUCACUUUGAUGCAAUGGGGAAAUGCCUUCGUAAGAGCCAUCGCGAGCGGCGACCCGAUCAGCAGCUUCACGGCCGAGCUGAACCUGAAGGGAGAUGUUCGCGCUACGGACAAGAAGGUGACCUGGCUCUCGACGCAAGGACAGAAGCUCAUCGACGCGGAACUGUGGGACUUCGACUACCUAAUUACCAAGGACAAGCUCGAGGAGGAUGACGACCUAGAGAAGUUCUUGACCCCCGUGACGGCUACGGUUGAGGAAGCGUUCUGCGACGAAGGCGUGGCCAAGCUUAAGAAAGACGAUAUUAUCCAACUAGAGCGAAGGGGAUACUACCGCGUGGACAAGGGAUACGACGAGGGUGACGAGAAGAAGGUUGUGCUGUUCUGCAUUCCGACAGGUAAGAACAAAUAGAUACCUCUGUAGACGACACAUCACACCAUACUGUCUAGACAACCGGAGGAAAAAGAAAAGGGGUUGAUAAUACACCCAAUUAUGUUUAUCUACCGUGUUUGUGUACGAGGGGCUCGUGGGGGUCAAGCUCGGGAGUGCGCUAUACAGCUAAGUUGAAGACCUCGUUCUGAGCUUCACGAGUAAUCAUGUAGGCUUUCA